AUGGAAUUGUCCAAAGACGAUAUUGAACGCGUGAACUUCGUCUGGGGUAUCUACGACAGCACCAAUGAAGGCGUUGACGCUUUCUACUUGGGAGAUCUGCUCCGUGCUUUGGAAAUGAACCCAACAUUGGCCACCAUCGAGAAGAUGGGUGGUACCAAAAAGAAGGGUGAAAAGAAAUUGAUGGUGGACGAGUUCUACCCAAUUUUCGCUCAAGUGAUCAAGGACAAAGACCAAGGAGUGUACGAAGAUUUCAUUGAGUGCCUGAAACUGUACGACAAAGCCGAAGACGGUCACAUGAUCGGUGGAGAACUGACACACAUCCUCCUCUCCUUGGGAGAGAAAUUGUCCGACGCGGAACUCGACGAAGUCGUCAAGGAUUGCAUGGACCCCGAAGAUGAGGACGGUAUGAUCCCCUAUGUCCCGUUCGUAAAAAAAGUGAUGGUUCGCCUGAGCGACAUGAAAUAA